AAGCGAAGAAGUAACUAUUGCGAUUUGGCGUGCUUCAUACAAUCGCAUUAUAUUUUUGACCAAAAAUACCAUUCGAAUUCAAUUUUAGUCGUUAGUUUUGUGUAAUUUCAGUAAAUAAACAUCAUGUAUGAUAAUGAAGAAGAAAACUACGAAGAUGAGAAUGAUGAAGAGAUCUCACAUGAGUUGUGGCAAGAAGCGUGCUGGAUUGUUAUCAACUCGUACUUUGAUGAAAAGGGUUUGGUGCGACAACAGCUUGACAGUUUCGAUGAAUUUAUUCAGAUGUCCGUUCAGCGAAUUGUCGAAGAUUCACCGGCUAUCGAAUUACAAGCCGAAGCUCAGCAUACGUCCGGAGAAGUUGAAACACCGCCGCGAUUUGUGUUAAAAUUCGAUCAAAUUUACUUAUCAAAACCGACACAUUGGGAGAAAGAUGGUUCGCCGAGUCCAAUGAUGCCGAACGAGGCCCGUCUACGAAAUCUGACAUAUUCUGCCCCACUAUAUGUCGAUAUAACCAAGACGAAAAUUGUCGAAGGUCAAGAUGCGGUUGAAACCCAGCAUCAAAAGACGUUCAUUGGAAAAAUUCCAAUUAUGUUGCGUUCCACAUAUUGUUUACUGUUUUCAUUGACCGAUCGUGAUUUGACUGAGUUGAACGAAUGCCCAUUGGACCCGGGCGGUUAUUUUAUUAUCAACGGUUCGGAAAAGGUACUAAUUGCACAAGAAAAAAUGGCCACAAAUACUGUGUAUGUGUUUAGCAUGAAAGAUGGAAAAUAUGCAUUUAAAACGGAAAUUCGAUCGUGUUUGGAGCACAGUUCACGGCCAACGUCAACACUUUGGGUGAAUAUGAUGGCUCGUGGUGGUCAAAGUUUAAAAAAAUCAGCAAUCGGUCAACGUAUCAUCGCCAUUUUACCAUAUAUUAAACAAGAAAUUCCGAUCAUGAUUGUGUUUCGGGCACUUGGUUUCGUUGCGGAUCGUGAUAUUUUGGAGCAUAUUAUUUAUGAUUUCGACGAUCCCGAAAUGAUGGAAAUGGUAAAACCAUCGCUUGACGAAGCAUUUGUUGUACAAGAACAAAAUGUUGCGUUGAAUUUCAUUGGUGCCAGAGGUGCAAGGCCUGGCGUUACAAAAGACAAACGUAUUAAAUAUGCCAAAGAAAUUCUUCAGAAGGAAAUGUUACCGCAUGUUGGUGUGUCCGAUUUUUGUGAAACGAAAAAAGCAUAUUUCUUGGGUUACAUGGUGCAUCGAUUGCUGUUGGCAGCAUUGGGUCGUCGUGAAUUGGACGAUCGUGAUCACUACGGUAAUAAACGUCUUGAUUUGGCCGGUCCGUUGUUGGCAUUCUUGUUCCGUGGCCUAUUCAAAAAUCUCAUGAAAGAAGUACGAAUGUAUGCACAGAAAUUUAUCGAUCGUGGAAAAGACUUUAAUUUAGAAUUGGCCAUCAAAACGAAAAUCAUCACAGACGGUUUACGUUAUUCACUUGCCACCGGCAAUUGGGGCGAUCAGAAAAAAGCGCAUCAAGCACGUGCCGGAGUGUCACAGGUGUUGAAUCGAUUGACAUUUGCAUCAACGCUAUCGCAUUUGCGUCGUGUCAAUUCACCAAUUGGACGUGAUGGUAAAUUGGCGAAGCCACGUCAAUUGCACAACACAUUGUGGGGCAUGAUUUGUCCGGCUGAAACACCAGAAGGUGCCGCUGUCGGUUUGGUCAAGAAUUUAGCAUUGAUGGCAUACAUUUCCGUUGGAUCACAACCGUCACCAAUUUUGGAGUUCUUGGAAGAAUGGUCGAUGGAAAAUUUGGAAGAAAUUGCACCGUCAGCAAUUGCUGAUGCAACAAAGAUUUUUGUAAAUGGAUGUUGGGUGGGCAUUCAUCGUGAUCCCGAACAAUUGAUGGCCACACUACGUAAAUUGAGACGACAAAUGGAUAUUAUCGUGUCAGAAGUAUCAAUGGUACGAGACAUUCGUGAUCGUGAAAUUCGAAUUUACACGGACGCCGGUCGAAUUUGUCGUCCAUUGUUGAUUGUAGAAAAUGGACAAUUGUUGCUUAAAAGAAACAACGUUGAAUUGCUAAAAGAUCGUGAUUUUAACAAUUACAAUUGGCAAGUACUGGUUGCAUCCGGUGUAGUCGAAUAUAUUGAUACGCUCGAAGAAGAAACGGUUAUGAUUGCAAUGUCACCGGAUGAUUUGAAGGAAAACAAAGAAUAUGCAUACUGCUCAACGUACACACAUUGUGAAAUCCAUCCGGCCAUGAUAUUGGGCGUGUGCGCCUCAAUUAUUCCAUUUCCCGAUCACAAUCAGAGUCCGCGUAAUACUUAUCAAAGUGCUAUGGGUAAGCAAGCUAUGGGUGUUUACAUUACCAAUUUCCACGUGCGGAUGGACACUUUGGCUCAUGUGUUGUACUAUCCGAUGAAACCGCUGGUUACGACACGGUCCAUGGAAUAUUUGCGUUUCAGAGAAUUGCCAGCUGGCAUCAAUUCAAUUGUUGCUAUCUUGUGUUAUACUGGUUACAAUCAGGAAGAUAGUGUCAUCUUGAAUGCAUCAGCCGUUGAGCGUGGCUUUUUCCGAUCGGUAUUUUAUCGGUCGUACAAAGAUUCAGAAAACAAACGAAGUGGCGAGCAAGAAGAACAAUUUGAGAAACCCAACCGACAGACGUGUCAAGGAAUGCGGAAUGCAUUGUACGAUAAAUUGGAUGACGACGGUAUUAUUGCACCAGGUCUUCGUGUUUCUGGUGAUGAUGUCAUCAUUGGCAAAACCAUUACACUGGCUGAAAAUGAUGAUGAGCUGGAUGGAACGAUAAAAAACUUUACAAAACGAGAUGCAUCGACAUUUUUACGUAAUUCCGAAACUGGAAUUGUGGACCAGGUUAUGUUGACGCUAAACAGCGAAGGCUAUAAAUUCUGUAAGAUUCGUGUACGAUCGGUGCGUAUUCCACAAAUUGGCGAUAAGUUUGCGUCACGGCACGGACAAAAAGGUACCUGCGGUAUUCAGUAUCGACACGAGGACAUGCCAUUCACCUGCGAGGGACUCACUCCAGACAUCAUAAUCAAUCCACAUGCCAUUCCAUCUCGGAUGACAAUUGGCCAUUUAAUCGAGUGUUUACAAGGCAAAUUGGGUUCGAACAAAGGUGAAAUCGGUGACGCGACACCAUUCAACGAUGCGGUCAAUGUACAAAAAAUUUCAACCUUCCUACAAGAAUACGGAUACCAUUUGCGUGGCAAUGAAGUCAUGUACAAUGGACACACCGGACGAAAAAUAAACGCACAAGUGUUUUUGGGACCGACAUAUUACCAGCGUUUGAAGCAUAUGGUAGACGAUAAAAUCCAUUCACGAGCCCGUGGACCGGUACAGAUUUUGGUGCGUCAACCGAUGGAGGGUCGUGCUCGUGAUGGUGGUCUACGUUUCGGCGAGAUGGAACGUGAUUGUCAAAUUUCACAUGGUGCCGCACAAUUUUUGAGAGAACGUCUAUUCGAAGUGUCCGAUCCAUAUCGUGUGCAUAUUUGCAAUUAUUGUGGUUUGAUUGCAAUUGCCAACUUGAGAAACAACACAUUUGAAUGCAAAGGAUGCAAAAAUAAGACUCAGAUCUCUCAAGUUCGACUUCCGUACGCAGCAAAACUAUUGUUCCAGGAAUUAAUGUCCAUGAAUAUCGCACCACGACUCAUGGUUAUCUAAAUUAAACUUCAGUUGUAUUCAUUCACAUCUAGAUAUCUUUUCAUAGCAACUAAGAU